AUGAUUGCGACGGCAAACCUAUCCGAUUUAAGAAGCACUGCGAAGACAUCCGAAGAAUACAUCGCCACAUUAGAGAAAAAACUUGCUCAAUUAAAGGGUUCCAAGUGUGUCACCUCUGCUGACCUCGUUUUGAGUAUCAACGGUAUGAAGUCGGUCGUCCUCCAUGACACUCUCAUGAACUCCGAAAAUUUCCAGGAUUCCGAUGUCUCUUCAGAAGAAACAGACCCCCUCAUUUCGCUUGACCUGCUAGACGCAGUUCAUAACAUGCUCUCGGAAGAAUCAUGA